CUGCGGCCGGCGGGGCUGCCGUCGUGGCGCUGCAGCUCCCUGGGGGCCGCCGGCCGCGAUUUUUAUUUCGCAUUUUCCUUUUCCCCGGGCAGGGUGGGGGCGGGAGGAGCGGGUUGGGGGACGAGUGCGAGCUACUUCUGCGCCAAGGUGCAGCCCGGCGGCGGCGGCAAGAGGAUGCGAGCCGAGGGCGGCCGAGCCGCGGAGCAGCUACCUGUGUGGCCCGGGCGGCCGCUGCCGGGACCUGCCGGAGACAUCGCCAUGUGAAGGGGCAGACCCCAGGCCGGCUCUCCACCCCGCCUCGCUCAGUGGGAGAUCUAAUUGGCUUUACACAGGCAAUGCUCCUGAAGACUGUAUGGUAAUUCCUGGUGGCUGAAAGAGGAGGCACAUUGGAGCCUGUACAGAAAAGGAACAAGAACAGGAGGGCAAGAGCUUCCUACUGCCCCUCUGGCAGAGGUACGAAGUGCGUGGCCUAUCUGCAACACAAGCAAAGGACUAGUUUUCAGAAAGUAAGCGAGACUGAGAGCCACCUCAAGGCACUUGGAACUCGAGGGGAAGAGGAGUGGUGCCAGCAUGGAUAAGGACAGCACAAACCUGGCUGACCAGCAGUAUGAAUAUGUGGCCGAGAUUGGGGAAGGGGCCUACGGAAAGGUGUUCAAAGCCCGAGACUUGAAGAACGGAGGUCGCUUUGUUGCGUUGAAGCGGGUACGGGUGCAGACCAGUGAGGAGGGAAUGCCACUGUCUACCAUCCGAGAGGUGGCAGUUUUGAGGCACCUGGAGACGUUCGAGCACCCCAAUGUGGUCAGAUUGUUUGAUGUGUGCACUGUGUCACGAACAGACAGAGAGACCAAGUUAACGUUAGUGUUUGAACAUGUGGAUCAAGACUUGACUACUUACUUGGAUAAAGUUCCAGAGCCUGGAGUGCCUACUGAAACUAUAAAGGAUAUGAUGCUUCAGCUGUUUCGGGGACUGGAUUUUCUGCAUUCGCAUCGUGUGGUGCAUCGGGACCUGAAACCUCAAAAUAUCCUUGUAACCAGCAAUGGGCAGAUAAAGUUAGCUGACUUUGGCCUUGCAAGAAUCUACAGUUUUCAAAUGGCUCUUACCUCAGUGGUUGUUACUUUGUGGUAUAGAGCUCCUGAAGUCUUGCUUCAGUCCAGUUAUGCAACGGCAGUUGAUCUUUGGAGUGUUGGCUGCAUAUUUGCAGAAAUGUUCCGUCGAAAACCACUCUUCCGUGGAAAUUCAGAUGUUGAUCAGCUAGGAAAAAUCUUUGAUGUAAUUGGACUCCCAGAAGAAGAGGACUGGCCCAAUGAUGUUGCCCUUCCAAGAAAUGCUUUUACUUCCAGACCUGCACAACCUAUUGAAAAAUUUGUACCAGAUAUUGAUGAACUAGGCAAAGACUUGCUUCUUAAAUGCUUAGCAUUCAAUCCAGCCAAGAGAAUAUCUGCCUGUGUUGCCCUCUCUCACCCGUAUUUCCAUGAUCUGGAGAAAUUCAAGGAGAAUCUGGACUGUCACAUGUCAUCCAGCCAAAAUUCCAGUGAGGUGAAUGCAUCAUAAGUGCUGACUGAAGAUGAACCAUAAAUGAACAAGACAUGUAGCUGACAAGGCCACUGUCCCGUACAAACCACAUAGCUGUUCUAGUGAAGAUCAUUAUUUGGAGGUUUUAUGCACUUAUCUUUUAUUUUGGGAUUGUGAUGUGCUUAUCCAUGGAAAUCAAUCUAGUUUACCUUUAUCAGAGCAAUGCAAGGGCCAGGGCUUUGGCCUGCUCCCAUUGUAGCUUUAUGUUUGUUUUGUUUUUGUCUUGUUUAUCUACCUGGGAAAACUCCAGACGAAGAGAAGCUGCUGACUGGUUUUGCCGCCGUUUUAUUCUUCUAAUAUUGAAUGCUGCCAGUGUGGAGUUUGAUGAUCAAGUCACUGCCAAAACAUGAUGCAAUCUCUCUCUCUCUCUCUAGCUGCUGAAGCAUGAUGUGGUACUUUUUUAUUAUUAUUUUUGAUCUCUUACAGUGAUACAGAAUGGCAUUGAAAUAUCAGAUCUUUGCAACCUGCAGUUAACUGAUACACGUGUUAAUACAUCCAGCUACUGUUCAUUCAUAGCAUAUAUGCAGGUGCUUCCCCACUUGAAAACUUGGAUGAAUUAUUUUAUUGUGUCAUUGCUCUAUGAAUAUAACAGUGAUGAUGGCGAUCAUAAAAAAUGUACCAACUUUUAGGUUUUUUCAUGCACAAGCAAGUUAUUGUCUAGCUGCGUUUGUGUGCACAUUUCAAAAAACUGUUUUGUUCUUAAAAACUCCUUCAGUUUCCAAAUGGCUAGUUUGUGUUGAAAUGCAGGCACAUUCUAGCCCAUCAUUUUCCCCUGGAAACAGCUGCAAGUAUAUUUUCCUUCUCUCAUUCGAAAUUUUUUGAUAUGCAGCUCAAAGACAUGAGCAGAGCCAAUGAAAAUCAAUACAGAUUUUCACCUUCAACCUGUUCUGAUUAGUAGCCAAAAAGGAAAAAAGAAAAAAUAUUUCUGGUUCAGAAGCAGAGAAUCCUAUACCUGUAAUAAGCACAGAUAAGUAUUUGUGCUGCUGUAUGCUGUAUACUGCGCUGCCUUACCUGCAACACCCUCCCAUGCAUCACAAGUGCAUAACAUUACUGUCUCAAAAUCCCUCAGAUGUCACUUAUUAAACAGACUUGUUUUCUAUGCAGAAAUGUAUGACCUUCUCUCCUAAACCACCAUGUGGGUAUACUGGCACAUGCCUCUCCACUAGGGUUAAUGUGCUAUUAUUGAAUGUCAGAAUAACUAAGCAAUUCACAUCUUUAUAGCAGUUAUUUUAAAUAUUACAUGAGAAUUUUAUAUUUAGUAUUUUUACCUUAACUAAAAUAUAUUUUCAGUAUUCUGAAAGGAAACUUUUAUUUUUUUAAUACUGUACUGGGGAAAAUUAAAUAUUUUAAAUCCAUUAAAGCUGUUCCCUAGCACUAAUUUAGUGCAUUUACCUGGAUAUGACUUGGGGGAAAAUAUUGGUCCAACAAGUAUAACUGAUGCUAAGUGAGGCAGCCAGCUUUGCUUACUCCUGUGACAGUCCCUUAGGCUUCAGUCUUCCUCAUUUCUAUUUGAUCUUGUCUAGGUAGUGAACCAGCAUAAUAUCCUCAUCGACAGCAUGCUUGGCAGAAGCAGGUCCUUAGCAGUGAGUUGAGCAAUAUAAUUUUUCUAGUUGCGACAGAGGAACUUGUAGCCCUCUCCCUGGCAAAUCUCUCUUGUGAUAGACUGACUGAUGUGGCAAACUUUGCUGUUAACUCUGUUUCAGGUAUCUGCACUGUCUGGGACAUGGUCCACUACCAGGAUCGUGAGUGGAUCUUACCUGUCUCUUGGAUAAAGUUUUUUGUUACUGUUAGACACAUAAGUAUGUGAUAUGGGGUUAAAUUAGGUCUGCUUUAGAGAAGACAGAUUUUAAAAGGACCACUUGCGUACUUGCAUGCAGUGGCCUGUGCUUUUCUUCAUGCCCAGAAUGAGCCUAUGCAAAACUUACCAGCAUGAACAGGCAAGUUGCAAAUUAACCUGGCAAGAGCAUGCACAAGGCAUCUGCACACAGAGAUAGCACAGAUGCAUAACACAAGAAUUUUGGAAGCUCUGUGAGCAGCCAGUUGAAAGCCAAGGAGUGGUCACAGCAGCUAACCCUCUAAUGCUGGCCUUCCCUUUGUCAUUCUCUCUGUUUCUACGUCCAAGGGUAACUGUGAACCCACUGUACUGGUGUUCUCCCAACUCCAUUCCUCCAUGGGUCAAUGGACCCCAGCGUGACUAAUUUUUAGCAUUCAAAGAAAAGGAUGUGCCAGAAUGAAAUUUUUGCUAACAAUUUUUAAACACUAAUUAGAACAACAAACAGAGACAAAAUUCAGGAGACUCUUGCAACAGUAGCAAAUAGAAAAGUUUUCUACAGAGUUUAGCACUUUCAAAAACAUUCCACAUUUUACCUUGUGCUGAGCUGUCUAUCAUACAUACCUUAUCAGGGCAUUCAGCUGGUGUGGCUUCCCAGCAACUGUUCAGGGAACUCUCCCCAGAGCUCUCCACCAACUAAUAUAGGGUGAAAAUGUAGGGGAGAAGACAAUAUUUUCAAAUUAGGUUUAAAACUCUCAGAUAGAAAUGUACGUCUGUUCCACGUAGGAAGAACUUGUUGUAUUAAGCUUAGCAAAGCAAAGGGUAGAAGAGAAUAUGAUUGCUGAAUGUAGGUACAUUAUUAGGGUAAAAAAAAGGAGAGGAGAGAACACUUUAAGCCAAAGGUUAGUGUUGGCCCAAAAACUAAUGAAAAUGUGGAAAUCACAAGGAAGUUAACUACUGGAGGAGUAUUCCCAAGCAGUAGUAUCAGACAGCUCAGAGAGCAGCAGAGAAAAAUGGAGGUUGGUUUAUGGAAUCAAAAGUAGAGCUUCUGCAACAUGGUGCUGUAUGUUGUCUAAUGUAGUAGGAUCAGGUUAUAAAUGAGGCAUUCAGGAGAACAGCUUGCAAAGGGCUGCAUUAAUGGUCACAUUCUGGAACAUCCUUCCAGUGGGAAUGGAAGGAACAUAAACAAGAAAUCUAAGUUCUGUCUUGGCAGGGUUAGGGAAAAUAUUUCUCUAAUAGGGUCCUUAUGGUAGCAAGGGCCUAGAUUCAAAGGACCAAUAAUUUUUCAAAUUACCUCCUUUUCCAAAUCUCUAGGAAGAAAUUCCAUUUGACAUGCCAUAGGCUUACUCUUAUUCCAGUCUUCCCUGCCAAACUGUGAGGCUUCACUUACACUAGUAAAAUGAGAAAGCCUGUUCUCUGGCUGGGCAAAGCACUGUCAUUGGCUAAAAUCAUGCCAGGAGUCGUGUUUGUAAUUAGGCAGCACAGACAACCGUGGGACUGUGCUCAAACCCAUGCCCUUGCUCUUCUUAUUUUACACUGGUAUAUCUCUAGUAUUUUAGUACCUUUACUCAUUACUGCUAUUAUGUGUAGGAUGUAGGAAUUGUGUAUGUGGAAAAAGAAAGCGCUGUGAUGAAAACUCUUUGUACACUCUUUAAAUAAGAUUUCAGAGUGCAGUUCUUCUUAGUGAUAGCUAAGCCUGUAUGUGUUCUACAGGAGUGGUUCAACAGUAGCUAAAAAAUAGUGAAUAACAAAAGAUAUAUUAAAUAUAGCUCCUUGAGCACCCACAAGCAGACACUGUGCUCUUCUCAGCAGAGAACAGGGUGUUCUAAGUAAGGAAGGAGCAAUUUCUAUCUCCCACCAACCUUUUUUUUUUUUAAUCACUACUACAUAAUUCUGCAGAAAAAAAUCAACCAAAUAGCCAAGGGAAAAAAAAAAUCAUCAAAGCCAGCUAGUUAAGUGCUAAUUGCUGCACCAUAGAAAUCCAUAUGGAGCAGCCCUUUUCUCUCUUCACCCUGUCCACACAGCCUUCCAGUUCUUUUUCUUCAACUUCCUUAUGGAAACAGGUUUCAGUUAUGCUCACAAGUGCUAUUUCCAACAAAGUUCUUCCAAAUUUUCAAUAGCUGCGCAGUGUCAGUGUCCCCUAUGUCAUCCCUAUUAUCAAGUGUUGCCUCUUUUAGUCCCACAGCCUAGAACCAGUGAUUAGAAAAGAAUCUCUUUGUGCACCUCCUUGCUUAGCCUUAGUUUUGCAUACACCUGUGUUGCCUUCUGUGUGCCUAGUAAAAAAAUUCUAAAAAUAGGGUUUGUGCAUAUUUCUGUGUAGGCUGUGUCCACACUCCAGGUUUUUUUCAGCCUAUUAGUCCACAUUGGUAAAUGUUUGAGUGUCUUUUCCUGUUGUUUCUGUCCUAAAACACAAAAAAAUGAGGAUGUCAUGUUUGCAAAGUAAUUGUUGGUUGUUUUGAUGAAUAAGAAGAAAAUAUUGUGCCAUGCUACUUUUCACAGGUUCACUCACUGUCUUUUGAGAAGUGUGUUUUAUUAUACAUGUUAUUCUCUCUGCUGUUAGGUAUUAGACCAACUUUAAUAUGGAAAAUAAAGAUAAAACGUUUGAUUCUGGAUGAUUGUGGUAGAGCAGAUUUUUUUGUUUCCAAAAAAGAUCAGACUAAAGAUACUGCCUUCUGUAAAAACCCAAGCAAACAAACAAAACCAGAAACAAAAACACAAACAGUUGACACUUAGUAAAGAUUAAAAAGGAGAUUUUAAGGAACUAUUGGGAAAAUAUUGUCAGGACAAAUGAAAAGGAGCAUAUUUUUAACGUGAAAAAUGUAAAUGCAAACAAUGUGUAUUAAAUAUGCAUUGAAAUUGAUAGUUUUUCACUGACCUUGCAAAGUUGAUAGGGUUUUAUGGAAAAAAAGCAUCCAAAUACAAACUUAUUCUAGCUACCACUUAAAUCUUCAUUUGCACUAAAGCAACCUAUAGUGUUUUACUAAAAGGAGACAUGUCAUGUUAAACUUGUGAUUUAUUUUGGUGAUGUCUCCAUGAAUAUGUUGUAAAGCUCUCAAGCUCACCGUCCAUUUUUGAGCAAGUCAAAUUUGCAUUCACACUGUUAGCUUUCUGCACCUUAAGCCCAUCCACAUGCCAGAAAAGAACACAUUUUCUAUUGUUUACAUGGAUAUUCAAUCCCAGUGACAUGUUCAUGUUAAAUCCAGCCAAAGACCAGUCUCUGCCACUGAGUGGAAAAUGAAUUUUCACAGACUGAAAAUUUUCACAGCUUCCCUUGUACAAUUACUCCUUAAAAGUUUGUCAUGAAUAUUGAGCAAUAUGAAGCCCUUCCUCUUAUUCACACAUACGUCAUGUUAUGUGAAUUCUCAGCCUUUUUUAAAAGAAAAGAACACCCAGUUCUUGAAUGUUAGGAUUAAUUUGAGUGGCUAGAUGAGGGGGAAAAUUAUGCGAUGCAAAGGUAGGAAAAAUGGACAAGAGAGUAGGACCGUUGGCAAGUGAAUUUGACUAUAUGGAAAGGUUGCAUAUAAAAGUAGGAGGAAGACUUUUCCCACGUUUUGUUUCUCAUGUCAUUUACUUUCAUAAACAUAAGAUGAUAAAGCAAGACUCCUGAGCAGGAUUUUAGUGCCAGAUACUUAUUAUGCCAACUCAAGUUAUGAUUUCCAGUGCAAUUUUUCAACACAGCACCAGCUCUGUUUUUUAAAUCAGAUUUUGUAGAAGCAAGAGCUUUUUCUGGGUAGAUACAAAAAAAAAAAUCUUAUGAGACAUCUUGAGAGCAGAUUAAGCUGGCCACAGAGACAGUGCCUGUAGUUCAGCUGCAGAAAUGGAGAACGUACAGCUCUACUGCAGGAGAGCCGCUAACAGUCUAUUAAUGUGCAAUGGUGUGCACUACCAGCUGACUCCUGCUGCAAACUGCAGCCCAGUUUUGGCAAUCCAAAAUAGCAUGGGUUUGCACACUUGGAUUUUGAUAAGAUUAUCUGCAUGCAAGUUUUGCUGGAUCAGUCCGGGUGGUUCACCAAUCUUACAGGAGCAGGUCUGAGAGCAGAGCAGGUCUGUCCGACGCCCAGUGCAAGUAACAAUGCAAAGUCAUCUGCUGUGGGAAAAGAAAAGUUUUUGUAGGUUGUACAGUAGGAAUGGAGCUUUCUGAGCUGCUGUGCCAAUCUGAGAGCUAGUGUUAACUAUUGUUAUGCAACGUCCAAAAACACAGAAUGUGAGACACAUAGCAUUUUGUUAUGUUCUGUGUGCGUGGGUGGCAGGGUAGGUGUUGGCACAGAGUGGCUCAUUUUGGUCCUUCCAUUAAGCGUGAGCAACUAGGCUUGGCACAGAGACAAAUUUCAGUUACAGGGAUGGGAAACCUCUAAUUCUACACAGUAGUUCUCUGGCAUUUGUUAAAUACAUAUAGGGACAGAUCACCCAACCACUCAAGCUGUCCUUUCCUUAUCCCUGAUCAUCCUUCUUUGACUGUGAAAGAAACCAUGGGGAGUCUGUUCCUCAACAGUCUUCCAGCAUGCUGCUUCCUCUCACUGCAGCAAUAGUUGCCUAUCACUUUUAUCUGACCCCGCUCGUAGUUCCGCUGCCACUGAAGAAGCUGUGAGCUAAAUUACUGCUUUGCAAUUCUGCAGCCCCCCAGUCUGCAGGCAGCCAGUGAUUUGUACUCCGGUUUUAACUUGCUCCUAAUUAGGAAGUGGGAAAUAGUACAGUUGAGUAUGGCAAAGUGUGUGCUACUUUUCAGUUCAAGCAAAGCAAUGAGUUAGAAUAGAUUAGAUUGACCAUGAAGUAUUUGGUCAGCCAAAACAAUUUUUAAUUUAGAAGAUCAUUCACUAAGUACGGAAAAUCCCUGAAAAACUGUCUGUGAUGCACACAUUUACAAGAACACCCAAUGAUGCUUCUGUUAUAUAGAAGUUUUUAAAUGGAUGCAAUGCCAGCCUCCUACUUCUUCCUCUCCCCUUCCCAAGACCACUAUUCCCAGGGAGAGGUUUCCUCCCAGCAUGAGGCAAAGCAACUAUGAAGCAGUCCCCAGCUCUCAAGAUAACUUAUGUUCAGGUAGGCAGUCAAGCUCAUUCCUUUUCUUUUGGCUAUGGCAGUUUAGAUUAAAGACCCCUGCCACAAGUACUAGGGACAAACAGACCUUAACCCCCAAAAUAUUCUCCUUAGGAAAGUCUUCCCAGGAUCUAGAGGGGACAGUAUACUUACUAUUUCUGUGACAGUUGACUUUUUUUCUCUUUUUAAACAGCAGUGUUGUAAGAACUUCCCUAAGAAAACUCCCACUACAGAAAAAAAGAUAAUUUUGAUUUCUCGACAUUCUGUGGGAAAAGAAAAUGUUGUAUUCCAGGGAGAUGAUACAUCUCAAACAAUCAUCCUUCAUCUGUGAUAGAAAAAAACCCAACAAACCAGGUUCAAAAUGUAGCCUGGGUUUGCAGAGUGCUAGUUAAAUAAGAAGUGCUUCUCAAAUGUUUUUCCAGCAAGACCCAAAACCCAUCAUGAUUUCUUGCAGGGACUUUUAUCUUGGAGUCCCUUUUAAGAAGGGGGGAUGUGGCCAUGGGUUGCAAUUAAAAUGUACAUGAAAAAUUGGAUGCUGGCUAGAAGUUUGUGGAUGUGAGGCUGUACAAGGUAGCUUAUGUAAGCUCAGUGGGAAUGUGCUUGUAUGAAAGUUUUGGUUGCCAUGCACAUUUUGAACUGAAGUUAUCUAUCAUAACAUGAUAGAAGAACUGCAGCAUCAUAAGAGGCUUUUUCUCCCUAGAUGUCUAGCAACCCAAUGGUUUUCCAGCUUUGCUUUAUUUUGAUUUAUUUCGCCUCCACCACUGCCAUUGUCCUUUCUAUUGUGCAUAAGUUUAAUAGAAGUUCAUUACCCUAUAGUUUACCAGCUCAAAAAGAGAGCAGGACAGCACUGUCUAAAAAAUUUGAUCAUUCUCUAGUGGUCAGUGUUAAGGGAAUCACAUAAUCAUAGAAUGUGCUGAGUUGGAAGGGAUCCAUCACAAUCAUUGAGUCCAACUCCUGGUCCUGCACAGGACACCCCAGGAAUCUCACCAUGUGCCUGAGAGCGUUGUCCAAACACAUUUUGAACUCUGUCAGACUUGGUGCUGUGACCACUCCCCUGAGAAACCCACUCCAGUUCUCAACCAUGCUCUUUGUGAAAAACAUUUUCCUGGUAUCUACCUAAACCUUCCCUGAGUCACCUUCAUGCCAUUUCCUCAAGUCCUGUCACUGGUCAUGAGAGUGAAGUUGUCUUGUUUAAAUUCUAACAAAUAGAAUUCAAUAUCCAUGACACCUGCCUUGCAUUCAGCACUGUUAAACCAUCUCACUGUCAUUCUCCACGUUGUUCAAAAUCACUUUGCCUGGAGAUUGAACAUCCCUCCUACAACCCACUUGGAGUCACAGCAAUGUGAGCAAAAGAAGUUUACAUUAUGACGGUGCUUUUUGGUAAGGAAUGAGAGCCAGAUCCUAUUGAAACAGGGACUGAAAGAGUCUUGAGGUCUCUUAGCCAGGCACCUUUCACAAGCAAGGCAGUCACUUCUGUUAAGGCAAGAAACACAUUUUAAAAUACUUAAGACAGGGAAAAUAUAGAGGUGCCAUUUAUUUUUCCAGUAGGACCUGUUUUCUCCACAAAGCUAUAUGAUUUUGGCACUGAAACUAAGUCCACAGAUGAACAUUCAUUCUCUCCUUGUAGUCUUUACUUUCCAUGUAAAUUCUUAACAAGCAUUCAGAUUAAUGUAUUUAUGGUCCGUUUCAUUCCAGUUCAUUUAAGUGGUCUGUAUCCACCUUUGAAUCUCAUAUGGGUUUUAUUGUUAAUGUAAUAUUUUGCUGCAUUACUUUGAACAGCUUUAAAAGUAUAAUGUCUUCAAAUGCUCUAGUUAAAGAAAAAUUAUACCCUCAAAAUAAUGUCUUAGAAGUUGGAACUGUAUACUUUGGAAACAAUGUUUAUAUUAUGACUCGCAAAGGUAUCACAGGGUGCUUUUGUGGGUAUGUCUGUCUUUUACUUUCUGUGUAACAGUGUGUAUUUGUACUUCCUCAAUAGCUUGAUACUCUUCUGUCUGAAGGCUUAAGUCUGCAAACACAUGAGUACUAUACCUCACCUGAGCAGUCCCACAGAGUAGAGGGGGUUUACUCAUAUGAGUAUAGUUGCUCACAAAAAGUAUUUGCAGAAAAAGGCUUUACUUUAGUAACUGACUGUAGUUGUGAGGACACAUGGUUAGUAACAGCACCAAGACACGAGUAAACGGGGUCAGUUUUUAUUGAAGAUGUGGACACAUUUAUCUUCAAGUUAUUUGACAUUAAUCUAAAUUAUUGCUAUUAUAAUUCAGUAUAUUAUUUCUUAUGAAAACACAUUAGUCCUGCGAAAGGGUAGUUGCAAAAAAAGUAUUGAGUCUUGCUGCUUUAUUUGCAUUUAGUAUACAGUUUUGGUUUUUGAAGGGAAGCUAGCUUCUUAGAGAGACAGAAAGAUAGAUCAGUCAGAAAAAAAUUAUACAUAAGCUUCAUACUGUACAUUGAGUUUUGCAACUAAAGUAGUAUGUGUGUUCAGAUUUAAUAUUUUUUAUGCUUUAGAGCAUCUUUGUCUUAAUAUGUAAAGGAAUAAGCAGAUUACUUCAAAAUGCUAUUGUAGAGCUAAUUUUACAGAUAGCGGGAGAAUGUUGUCUGAAAAAUUAAAAUUAGAGAACAUUACAUAGACUGCCUUUGGCUUUAGUUUGUUUGUAGCAGGUCCAGCAGGUAUCUGUCGAUUCCAGAUGCUUUAGGCCAGGGGCUGUGUUUGUGCAGCAUCUUGUAACUGAAUAAAGUUUUUUGCAGUGAUAAAAUUGCCCACCUGAGCUUGAAGUAAGAUUGCUGCCUAAACAAAAGCAUAAAGGCAGCAAAUUUGGGGGGGCGGGGGGGACAGGGGUUGUGCAUGGACAAUUGCAUGAAAUAGAAUGGGGGUUUCAAAGUAUUUUAAAUCAUUUAGGAUGAUUUACUUUUUUUGUAACUCCACUGAAUACAGUUAAAUUAAACCAAGAGUUUGGCCUUGUAAGUCUACAAAUUUCAGUGUCAGGCAGCUCAGGUCUAUAGAAGGAUACUUAAGUUUAGUAAAUCAGCAAGAAUACUAUAUAAAGGUAAUGUGUGAUAAAAAUCUUAACUCUAGUAACAUUACUUCUCUCAAAAUUUUUUUUCAUUCCUUUUUUAAUACAAAAGUUUAGAAAUGCAUUUCUUAGUGGCAUUUGGAUAUGUGGAGAAAAGCAGGAUGCUGGUACAUAAAUGUGUUAGAAAUAAGAUUCAGUUCUUACUGCUCCAUGUGUGCCUACCUUACACAUUACAAAUCCCACUGAAAAAAAGACUUGUAUAAAGUUAAGCCUGUUUUGUAACUCUCAUAGGAUACUGGUUUCAGAAUCUGUAAGAUAAGUUAUGUUCUCAAAAGACAUUAUUAAAACUUGUGGUUUCAGGUUUACAGAAUACUGUGAACAGCGACAGCUUCUGAGACACAUCCAGAGUAAUUUUAUUAAUCGAUAUUACACCAGACCAAUAUCUGUUAGCAAAUUAAAAUCUCUCUCGGUACCUGCAUUUGUCAGUAUAAUUUUACAAAAAAACCCCAAAAACCCAAAACA